UCACCCGGAGUCUGCGUCUGGGCGACGCGGGAAGGCUCUGCUGCGACCGCAGCCGCCGACGCUGGCCAAGGUGCUGGACGAGACAGACCGACUGCCACUCCGCCAGUUCAGCCACCCGUUGCAGCCGCAGCUGUCUCGCUUCCAUCCGGGUCUCCAUGGAAGAGAUGGAAGAAGAGUUAAAAUGCCCCGUGUGCGGGUCCUUCUAUCGGGAGCCCAUCAUCCUGCCCUGCUCCCACAAUUUAUGUCAGGCGUGCGCCCGCAACAUCCUGGUUCAAACCCCGGAGUCUGAGUCCCCCCAGAGCCGUCGGGCCUCGGGCUCCGGGGUCUCUGACUAUGACUACCUGGACCUGGACAAGAUGAGCCUGUACAGCGAAGCGGACAGUGGCUAUGGCUCCUACGGAGGUUUUGCCAGCGCCCCCACUACCCCGUGCCAGAAAUCCCCCAACGGCGUCCGCGUGUUUCCCCCAGCUAUGCCGCCACCGGCCACCCACCUGUCACCGGCCUUGGCCCCGGUGCCCCGUAACUCCUGUAUCACCUGUCCCCAGUGCCACCGCAGCCUCAUCCUGGAUGACCGGGGUCUCCGCGGCUUCCCCAAGAACCGCGUCCUGGAAGGGGUAAUUGACCGCUACCAGCAGAGCAAAGCCGCGGCCCUCAAGUGCCAGCUCUGCGAGAAGGCUCCCAAGGAGGCUACCGUUAUGUGCGAACAGUGCGAUGUCUUCUACUGCGAUCCGUGCCGUCUUCGCUGCCACCCGCCCAGGGGUCCCCUAGCCAAGCAUCGCCUGGUGCCCCCGGCCCAAGGCCGUGUGAGCCGGAGGCUGAGCCCGCGCAAAGUCUCCACUUGUACAGACCACGAGCUGGAGAACCACAGCAUGUACUGCGUGCAGUGCAAGAUGCCCGUGUGCUAUCAGUGCUUGGAGGAGGGCAAACACUCCAGCCAUGAAGUCAAGGCUCUGGGGGCCAUGUGGAAACUACACAAGAGCCAGCUCUCCCAGGCGCUGAAUGGGCUGUCGGACAGGGCGAAAGAAGCCAAGGAGUUCCUGGUGCAGCUCCGCACCAUGGUCCAGCAGAUCCAGGAGAACAGUGUGGAGUUUGAGGCCUGCCUGGUGGCCCAGUGUGAUGCCCUCAUUGAUGCCCUCAACAGAAGGAAAGCCCAGCUGCUUGCACGCGUGAACAAGGAGCACGAGCACAAGCUGAAGGUGGUUCGAGAUCAGAUCUCUCACUGCACAGUGAAACUGCGCCAGACCACGGGUCUCAUGGAGUACUGCCUGGAGGUGAUUAAGGAAAAUGACCCUAGCGGCUUUCUGCAGAUUUCUGACGCCCUCAUAAGGAGAGUGCACCUGACUGAGGACCAGUGGGGGAAAGGCACACUCACUCCCAGGAUGACCACAGACUUUGACCUGAGUCUGGACAACAGCCCUCUGCUGCAGUCCAUUCACCAGCUCGACUUCGUGCAGAUGAAAGUUCAGCCCAGGAAUUGUGAUGCUCUCCAUUUCCAAAACACAAAAGCUUCCUCUCCAGUCCCAGCAACUCCCAUCCUACAGCUGGAGGAGUGUUGCACCCACAACAACAGCGCUACGCUGUCUUGGAAGCAGCCACCUCUGUCCACGGUGCCCGCUGAAGGAUACAUUCUGGAGCUGGACGACGGCAAUGGUGGUCAGUUCCGGGAAGUGUAUGUUGGAAAGGAGACAAUGUGCACCGUGGAUGGUCUUCACUUCAACAGCACAUACAAUGCUCGCAUCAAGGCCUUCAACAAAACAGGAGUCAGCCAGUACAGCAAGACCCUGGUCCUCCAAACGUCUGAGGUGGCCUGGUUUGCUUUUGACCCUGGCUCAGCACACUCUGACAUCAUCUUCUCCAAUGACAACCUGACCGUGACCUGUAGUAGCUACGAUGACCGAGUGGUGCUGGGGAAGACCGGCUUCUCCAAGGGUGUCCACUAUUGGGAGCUAACUGUGGAUCGUUACGAUAACCACCCCGACCCCGCCUUCGGUGUGGCUCGCAUCGACGUGAUGAAGGAUGUGAUGUUGGGAAAGGACGACAAAGCUUGGGCAAUGUAUGUGGACAAUAACCGGAGCUGGUUCAUGCACAACAACUCGCACACCAACAGAACUGAGGGAGGGAUCACAAAAGGGGCCACCAUCGGGGUCCUCCUCGACUUAAAUAGAAAAACCUUGACAUUUUUUAUCAACGACGAACAGCAAGGGCCCAUAGCGUUCGAGAAUGUGGAGGGCAUGUUCUUCCCGGCAGUCAGCCUGAACAGGAACGUGCAGGUAAGCACUGUGCCCUCAAAUGUAGAAGUGACUUCAGAGGCUGCCUGUGCACAGGUCACGCUUCACACUGGGCUCCCGGUCCCUGACUUCUACUCCAGCAGAGCGUCAAUAGCCUAAGGGUGUGCUGUGGAGGCGCCAGCUGCCUGUUCUUACCUUCGCCUGAGAAGCAACAGCAAGAGGCUCGGCCAGAGCUUGGGGGGAUGCCAGAGAGCUAGAAGGAGGGGGAGAAGGAGAAAAAAGCUGGUCCUCUAUGGUCUUCACACCCCGCAGCUCCACCCCGUCCCCUCCCAACCUCUCCACUGCUGUAAUGCCUGCAUUUGCUUCCACCUUCUGCAAUUCCAGCCAACAAAGGACCUAGCCAGCCCACCAUGUCACUGGUUUCCACUCUCAGAUUCUGCUUUUAUCUAACAUAAUUUUUAUGUCAGUGAGUAAUAUUUCAUUUCCUUUUUUAUCAUGAUCAUGUUAUUGGUGACACACGAAACUGGCACUGCCAAGAAAAAAUUCUCCUAAUGAUUUUUUUCUUAAGCUUUCUGUCAGAGGUUGUAGGGAGAGGGAGGAAAGAACGAGCUGAAUUUGGAGCCUGCAGUUUACCUCCUAGAGUACUCUUGCCAUGUUCCGUCUCAUGCAGGGCUAGCUCUGCAUAGCUAAUCUCUGGGAAGUGGACACAGUGAACGUAGCAUUGAAAAGAGUUACUACUAUCCACUGAAGCACAAAAAUACAGCUAAACAUAGCUACCCAAAGGUUCACAGUGGGUAGGUCAUUAGGACAGCCGGGUCAUUAGGACAGUCCAGAAACCCUGGUUAUUGAGUGAAAUUGGAAAGUCUCUAGACAUAAGCAGACAAGGAGACUUACUAAUUUGGUUCAUGUAUUUCAUACAAAUUUUUAACUGAGAGCCUGCUGCAGACCAGCCAUUUCCCUGGACACUGGCGACACUGUGGUGAAUACACAGGCGCAGUCUCUGUCCUCUUGGAGCUUAUAUUCUCCUAGGAGAACAAACCCAAAAUAAAAGAAUAGCAAAUUGUUAUGAACGAGAAAGGAAGUAAAUGAGAG